AUGACGCGGCGGGAAGACAACAUGGCUGCUUCGUGGCUGCAUGGGCCGUCCGUGCUGCGGCUCACCGACGGGCUGGUGUCGGUCCUGAAGGAGCAGCGGCCCGAGCAUGUCCCGGCGCUGCUGGCCUGCUACCGGGAGCACGGCGCGUUCAGCUCGCAGGGCUCCGGAGCUCUCGGGGGGCUGGUCGGCUUCAGCAAUGCCAAACUGGGUUCCAACAAAACCAGGUUCGAGGGCCUGUGCCUGCUGUCCAUGCUGGUGAAGGACAGCUCCAGCGACCUGUUCCAGCAGCACUGUCUGUCCUGGCUGCGCUCGCUGCAGCAGAUCAUUCAGUCCCAGGCUCCGGUUCAGACCGUCCAGCUCGCCGUCAACGUCCUGAAGGACGUGCUGCAGUACUCGUCCCAGCUGGCGGAGCUGGCCCGCGAGGUGGGGCUCAACUCCAUCCUGGGGAUCCUGACGUCCCUGAUGGGCCUGAAGACCGAGUGCGAGCUGGCAGCGAUGGAGGGGAUGACGGCCUGUAUGACCUUUUACCCCCGGGCCUGCGGAUCCCUGAGGGACAAGCUCGGAGCCUAUGUCCUCUCCAAGAUGGACAGCACCAACCGGAAGACGCAGGAGAUGGCGUGCCAGUGUUUUGGCCGCCUGCCGUGUCUGGGCGGCCUGCUGGACCGCGGGCUGAGCGCCGGCAGGGCCGAGGCCUGGACCAAUCAGAUCCACUGCCUGCUGGCCUCGGCCAAUGGGCUGCUGAGCCAGAUGUACCAAGGCGCAGAGACGGACGGGGCGCUGCAGUACCAGGGGCCCGGCGUGGAGCUGCCCUUCCCCCACCUGGACCAGACAGACCCCCUGCUGCUGCUGCAGCUGCUGCACAGAUACACUGCAGUCUGCCUGGCACUCAAACACACACUCAGAGUGGAUCCGGCCACAGCCGUCCGUCUGCCGGCCAGGCGGAUCCUCAACACGGUGUGCAGAGCGCUGGCCGUCAGCUCCAAGAGCAUCAACCUAACAGGAGAUGGGAGUGUGAGGCUUCUGGUUCUUCCUGCGAUACAUACCAACACACUGGAGGUCCUGGCUGGGCUCAUCACAUCGGUCCGCGGCGGCCUGGUCCAGUACGCCGCGGUGCUGCAGAGGCUGUUCUCUCAGACGCUGUCCUCCUGGACGCCGCUGCCGGAGGCCAGCGUGGGGCAGCAGCGAGCCUUCAGCUCCGUGCGGGUGUCGGUCUAUAAGACCUUGGCGCUGUGGGUCCAGGUGGGCGGAGCCUCGACCGGCGUCCUUCAGGGCAGCCAGACUCACUCGGAGCUCCUGUUCAACCACCUCCUGGGAGACAUCACUCCGAGCGCUGACUCCGUCAAGCUCCGGGGGGCGCUGUCCGGCGAGGUGGUGGCCGGAGGGAAACCCGGACCCCGCAGGACCAAGCAGCUGGUCAUCGCCGACGGGAUGGGGCCGGCGCUGCAGAGGAAGGGAGACCUGGUGGCGAAUCAGGACUCCUGUCUGUCCGCCCUGAAAGCUCUGAGACACAUCAUCCUGACCAGCGGCACGCUUCUCAAGGACGACGUCCACAAGAGGCUCCACGACGUGGUUCUGCCGCUCUGCGUCCGCCUGCAGCAGCAGCAGUCCAGCAGCGCCGCCCUGGAGACAGCAGGGGGCGUCAGCGGGCCGUACGGCAGCGCCCUCAGCAGGAGAGAACUGUACAGUGACUUGCUGAAGCUCCCUCCAUGUCUGUACUCCCUGCUGCCCCCCAGGCUGCUCCUGGCUCUGGUCCUGGUCCCGUCGCCCUCCUGGCCUCCUCCCGUGUCCUGCGCCACGUCCAUCCUCAGCAAGGGACGCAUCGACCGGAACCUGAAGGUGACCCAGCUCAGACACCAUCACACAGGGUGUCCCGGUCCCGUGGGUCCCCCCUCCGGAGGACGUGGACUGACCCAGCCCGCGGUCCUGCCGGGCGUCUCCGUCUCUCCUCAGGUGUCGUCGUUCUGCGCCGAAGCUCUGACGGUCUGUAACUGCAUCCUCCACCCCCGCACCCCGUCCAUCUCGCUGCCGCUGCCCCCCCUCGCCCUGAAGCCCACCCCCGCCGCUCCGGUCAUGCCCCCCUCCCAGGGCCCGGGCCCCGGGCUCACCCUUCCUACCACCCUGCUGGGAAGCUCCGCCCCCGGACCCCCCUUCCCCAGCCGCCACUCGCUGGGCCUGGGUCCGGGUCCGGGUCCGGCGUCCCUGCUGGGCUCCUUGGAGAACCACCUGUCCCUGGUGCCGGGCCUCCCGGGGCAGGGCCCGGGCCCGGGGGACCUGCUGCUGUCCCCCCACGCCCACCACCAGCCGGAGCUGGGCCCCCCCGAGGGCCAGCGGCCCGUCUUCGUGCGCUACGACAAGGAGGAGGCGGAGGACGUGGAGAUCUCGCUGGACAGCGACUCGGACGACAGCGUGGUGAUCGUCCCGCCCGGCAUGCUGGGAGCCGACGGCCAGCAGGACGAGGCGGCGCCGCCCAACUCCCACAGCGUGCUGUCCGCCGCGCCCGGCGACGCCGGGGCCCCGCCGCCCGGGGGGGACGGCGCCUCCAUGGCGCCCCCGGCGGCGGCGCCCUCCACCGUGGACGGCUCGUCGCUCCAUAACGACCUGGCGUCCUCCUCCCCCCUCCUCCCCACCUCCACCGCCCCCAUCAACUCCUUCCCGCCCUCCGUGGCCUCGGUGGUGUCCCUGGUGCCGCCCCUGAACUCCGGCGCGCUGGCGGCGCCGCCCGGCGGUCUGGGCGACCCGCUGCCCGGCCGGCCCCAGCUGCAGCAGAUGCUGAUGCAGCCCCCCCCGCCCGGCCAGCCCCCCUCCGUGGGCCUGCCGCUCCAGAUGCACCAGCUGCAGAACCAGCUGGGCCCGCCGGGCCGCCACCUGCACCCGCACCCGCCGCCGCCGCCCGCCAACAACGAGGACUCGGCCGAGGAGGAGGACGAGGAGGGGGGCAUCCCCCCGCUGGAGGGCGGGGACGACAAGGAGUCGGAGACGGAGGACGGCAAGGUCCUCCGGGCCCCCGUGGACGAGGGGGGGCCGUCCGGCUUCGGCGUGGAGGGAGAGCCGGAGGCGGGCAUCGAGGAGGUGCAGACCAGCAGGACGCUGUUCGGCGAGGACAGGAUGAAGGUGCAGGAGGUGGAGAGCAUCGGCGUGCUGGAGGCGGCGCGGGAGGCGGAGGGGGAGGCGGAGGAGGACGCCGACAGGAUGGACGACCCCACCAUGCCGCAGAUCCUGUGCGUCACCGGGGGGACGAUGGAGGAGCAGGAGGAGGAGCCAGGAGACGCCGCCGCGCCGGAGGAGGAGGAGGAGGAGGAGGCGGCAGCGGGCGGAUCCUGGGAAGGCGGAGCCAAACCCGGCGAGCCGAGUCCCGCCGCCGAGGAGGAGCGCACGGCCGGCCAGCAGGAGCCUGCAGUCCAGCUCGUCACGGACGCCGACAUGGCCGCCACGCCGCCCGGCGGCCGCCAGGAGCAGGAGGAGCCUCCGGCCGCGCCCCCUCCACCUUCAUCAUCAUCAUCGUCAUGCGCAGCCGAGCAGCUGACACAGGCCGAGAAGGAGGAGGAGGGGGAGGAGGAGGAGGAGGAGCCAGCAGGAGAAGGCGGAGACGGAGGAGAGAGCGACGGACAGGAAGGGAAAGGCCUGAAGAGGAAGAGAGAGGAGGUGGACGACGAAGCCAUGGCCUCCAUGCUGGCCGAUUUCGUGGCCUGUCCGCCCGACGACGAAGAAGGCGCCUCUGGGUCCGGUCGCUCGUGA